GCCAAAUUCAUCCGUGCCGUUUUAAUGUUGGCGCGUAAUGAUCGGUACACAACAAUACGACAAUCGUACUCGUCGGAGUGUGAGUUUAAGACGCUGUUGACACAAUGGCUUCGGUUUUGACGAAUUCCCCGCAGAAAAUCUGCCCGAAUACCAUCCUCCGAUCACCGGUCAGGCCACUGCAGCUGCCUCGCAGCCCAGUUAGCCCCGGUUUGGCCGAAUUCUACCCGUGGAGGUGGCCGGAGAGUGCUCGGAAUGUUCAGCUCAGUCCGAGCAGUUCGUGUGGUUCACCGGGUUCGGAGCGCGGCUUCACCAGUCCCCGCCGAAGCAGCAGCAGCAGCGGUGGCAGCGGACCCGUGCCCAGCCCAAGAGGCCGGCCUCGCGCCGAGAUCAUCCCAGAACUUCAGAAGGAAGGCUCAACAUCUGGGCAUGGAAUCAGGUGUAAGAUAUGCCAGCGGGUGUUUCCCCGGGAAAAGUCGCUGCAAGCUCACUUCAGAACACACACAGGAGAACGUCCAUUCAAAUGUGACUAUCCCAACUGUGGCCGAGCCUUUGUACAGAGCGGUCAGCUUAAGACCCAUCAGCGCUUACACACCGGGGAGAAACCGUUCUACUGCACCGCUAAAGGUUGCUUGAGUCGAUUCACACAUGCCAACAGACAUUGCCCGGACCAUCCAUACCUUACAUUACAACGAGAAUCCACCGAGACUUUACUGGAGGAGAUCCUUCGCAAUGACGAGAACAGCGAAGAUGUCAACAUGUGGCUACAAAGGUAUGUGGAGAAUUACAGGGAGAGAAUGGAGAUCAAGACCCAGGAGCAGGCCAAGCGGAAGCAUGAACAAGAACUACUGGCCCAGAAUGGGAGCACGCCGAAGCGCCCUCGGGCGUCUGCGCGCCGACGACUGCAGGAGCAGCGCGAGAAGAUGCUGGGUGCAAUGGCGCUGAUGGAACUUGCCCAGAAACUCCCCGUCGACGGUCAAAGAUAGUCAUCCGAUUUUUUUUGGAUCUUGUAAAACAAGUUCAAGUUUUGAACAAAUCAUGGUUUUGAAACAUUUCAAAUAUUCUGAAUUCUUUAAUUUGCAUGGCAGUGUCUGGGUAACGAUUGAAAAGAUUGACUUUGCAAAGUGGUCCAAACAUGUAAAUAUCGCUUGUAUAUUUUGCUCUGAAAUCCGUGAAACGGUCAAAGACUGUUUAUAUUAUAUAUAUGCUCUAUGUUAACAUUUUUAUUCCCGUUGUACAUUAUUUUUAAUGUAUUAUAAAUGCAUGGUUUAGAUUCUUAAUUUUUCAAGUGUGCUUGUUUUUGGAACAAUAUUAAUUUCUUUUAGGUUUUUUUUCUCCAGAUCCGACUGUAAAUAGAUGACCCAAAUAUUAAUUAGAAUUUUAAUUUCUAUUUUAAUUUUAAUUGGUUUGUAUGAGAUUUUUUUUUUAGACUGGAAUCAUUAUUGUUUUGCACAACAUGAGUUUUGUUUCUCAAAACUUGAGUUUUGUUUCUUAAAAUGAAAAAAAAAAAUCACUCGGGUGGGACUUCAAACCAAAACCUGUAGAUAUAGGUCUAGUAUUUCCGUACUGAAAUUUCAAUUUCCAUCUGUACACUGGCCAUACACAACGUUUUUGCAUGGUUCAAAAGGUGAAGAACUAGUGUAACGUUUUGAAAAUUCAACGUUUUUCUCCAACCAGUUUUGCUUGGCUUGUUCAGGAUAAUUUACAUUUGUUGAAAACUUACAACGAAAAAGUCAGACGCGGGUUUCAGUAAGUUUUAAUUUACUAAAAGCAAAUAAAAAUCCAUUUAACAAAACAAUUUUCAAGAAUAAACCAACUUGUAUAAAUUCCAACAAGGAUAUGCACACACGUGAGGUCUAAUUGACUUUUUUUUACCCUUUAAACAUAAAUAAUUUUAAUGAGCACAACAAAACAAGUAACUUUGGUAAACAAUGCUCUCUCUCGGGAGCUGUAAAACAUUUCUUACAUAAAAUACUUUUAAAAUAAUUAUUUAGCAAAUAGUAACUGUUGUAAUUGAACUUAAAGAUUUGGCUUGAAAAUAGAAUAAUGAAAUAAAUUCAAGAACAUAAAGAUAAA